UUUGUGCGCAUCAUUGGCAAAAGGGUAGCAACAACGUGGUUUGUUUGAAGAAUAGGCAAGAAAGGCGAUGAAAUUAUUGGAAAAUGAGAAAAAGGUUAUGAAAAUUUUGGAAUAAAGACAUAGAAAAUUAAUACGGAGCGAGUAAAAGAAAUUUGUUAACAAUAAUGGCGACAAAAGAAUUAAAAUCACCUACGGAGAUGCCGUUAAUAAGUCCAGUGGAGGAAAAUCAUAAAUCACCAAAAAUUGUAUCACCGCCAGAGGAGAAAGUUCGCAUGAAAAAAGAAUUAGGUUUAUUGGAAGGUGUUGCAAUUAUUUUAGGAAUUAUUUUGGGAUCAGGUAUAUUUAUAUCACCAAAAGGUGUAAUCAAAGAAGUUGGAUCUGUUGGUUUAUCAAUUGUAAUAUGGGUAUUAUGUGGUUUAUUGAGUAUGGUUGGAGCAUUAUGUUAUGCCGAAUUAGGCACAUCAAUACCAAAAUCUGGUGGUGAUUAUGCUUAUAUAUAUGAAGCAUUUGGUCCAUUACCAGCAUUCUUAUAUUUAUGGGAUGCGAAUCUAAUAUUUGUACCUACAACUAAUGCCAUUAUGGGCCUUACAUUUGCAAGUUAUGUGAUACAACCUUUUUUCCCAAAUUGUACAGUGCCAUCAAUGGGUGUUAAUUUAUUAGCAGCUGCAACAAUAACAAUUUUAUCUUUCAUAAAUAGCGUUGACGUAAAAUCAACAACAAAAUUACAAAAUGUUUUCAUGUUUUGUAAAAUCGCUGCAUUAUCGAUAAUUAUAAUUGCCGGUAUCGUUUAUAUGGGUUUAGGUAAUACAUCACAUUUUGAGAAUUCAUUUGAGGGAUCUGUUACAUCACCUGGUAAAAUUGCCAAAUCAUUUUAUUCGGGUAUAUUUUCAUAUUCUGGAUGGAACUAUUUAAAUUUCAUGACUGAAGAAUUAAAAAAUCCUUACAAAAAUCUUCCUCGUGCCAUAUUUAUAUCAUUACCAUUAGUAACAUUUAUUUACGUAUUAGCGAAUGUAGCAUAUUUAGCUGUACUAACACCAGAUGCAAUGAUUGCAUCUACUGCCAUUGCUGUGACAUUCGGUGAUCAAAUAUUAGGUGUAAUGUCAUGGAUUGUACCCGUAAUGGUUGCCAUUUCAGCUUUGGGUGGUUUAAGUGUACAUAUUAUGACUUCGUCACGUAUGUUAUUUGUGGGUGCUAGAAAUGGUCAUUUUCCUGCAAUGUUAUCGCAUAUAAAUAUUAAUCAUUAUACACCAACACCAUCUUUGGUGUUUUUGAAUAUUUUAUCAUUACUGAUGUUAUGUACCAGUGAUAUUUACGUUUUAAUUACAUAUUGUACAAUUGUGGAAUCAACAUUUAUCACAUUAUCAGUAUCAGCUGUAUUAUGGCUACGGUAUAAACAGCCAAAUUUAGCUAGACCAAUCAAAGUUCAUAUUGGAAUACCAAUAUUUUUUGUACUAGUCUGUAUUUUAUUAAUCGUUGUGCCUUGUUACGUAGCCCCAUAUGAAGUGGGUAUGGGAGUAUUAAUUACAUUAACUGGUGUACCAGCCUAUUAUGCAGGAGUAGCCUGGAAAAAUAAACCAAAAUGGUUUACGAAUAUUGUUGAUUCAAUGACAGCUUUAAGCCAAAAACUUUUUUUGUCAGCAAAAGAAGAAGAUGAAGACGUUGGCAAUAACAGCAAAUAAAAAAAAAGG